AUGACCUUCGAUUUUCAAUACAGUUCGGUGGGAGGUGCUUCAAAGCUGCAGCGUCUAUGCGGUCGUAUCCUGGCGAUUUAUAUAUCUUCAAAAAAUUUUGAUGAAAACUCGAAGAAUUUUACUUUGGAGCUUAUAAUUAAUUUAGACUUUCAGGCCUUUUCGGAAGAUAUUCAAGACAUAUCCAAUUCCGCAACUAUGGAGCUGCAAAUCGAAAAUUCUAUUAAAAAUAUAGCUACAAUUUGGAAAAAACAAAGUUUUGAAAUGGCAUUUUAUCAUGAUGGCAUCUAUAGAAUAAAAAACGUUGAGGACUGUUUUCAACUCCUUGAAGAGCAUAUGGUACAAAUAUCGGCUAUGAAGGCAACUCGUUUUGUUGAGCCAUUUAUAACCAUUGUUGAUUAUUGGGAAAAAACAUUGUCCUACAUAAGUGAGACUCUGGAAAAGGGUUUAACCGUUCAGCGUCAAUGGCUCUACCUAGAAAAUAUAUUUCAAGGAGACGACAUAAGGAAACAACUUCCAGAAGAGGCAAAACGUUUUGCAACAAUAACUGAAGAGUUUCGAACAAUAUCAAGCAAAAUGUUUCAGGCAAAGACAGCCGUCAAAGCCACUCACUUACGCCCUCCGCCGUUUUUAUUGAACCGUUUUAGUCGAAUGGACGAAAGACUGGAACUUAUUCAACGUGCCUUAGAAAUUUAUCUUGAGGCUAAGCGACAACUUUUUCCAAGAUUUUAUUUUAUUUCUAAUGAUGACCUUUUAGAAAUUUUAGGAAAUUCUAAACGGCCGGACUUAGUUCAAACCCAUCUUAAAAAGUUAUUUGAUAAUUUAUACAAGCUUGAGCUCAAACGCGUUGGGAAAACUUUAAGUCGGUGGCAAGCUUCUGGAAUGCAUUCAGACGAUGGAGAAUACGUUGAGUUCAUGAUGGUUAUUUAUAUAGAUGGUCCAUCGGAGCGUUGGCUAAAACAAGUCGAAGAGUACAUGCUUAUUGUUAUGAAAGAGAUGCUUAAACUUACACGCGGAUCUCUUAAAAAACUUGUGGGGAACAGAGAAAAAUGGAUUUCACUUUGGCCCGGACAAAUGGUGCUAACUACAGCUCAGAUCCAAUGGACAACUGAGUGUACACGUAGCCUAAUUCAUUGCAGUAUGGUUGAUCAAAAAAAGCCCCUGCGUAAGCUAAAGAAAAAGCAAAUAAAAGUUCUUUCUAAAUUAUCCGAAAUGAGUCGAAAAGACCUAACAAAAACAAUGCGCCUUAAAGUAAAUACCCUCAUAACGCUUGAAAUACAUGGUCGUGAUGUUAUUGAAAGAAUGUAUAAGUCGAACUGUAAGGAUACAGGGCAUUUUGAAUGGUUUUCACAACUGAGAUUUUAUUGGCACCGUGAAUCGGAACUAUGUGUAAUAAGGCAGACAAACACAGAGCACUGGUAUGGCUAUGAAUAUACAGGUAACUCAGGACGAUUAGUUAUUACACCAUUGACUGAUAGGUGUUAUAUAACUUUGACUACUGCGUUGCACUUACAUCGAGGAGGAAGCCCAAAGGGACCCGCCGGUACUGGAAAAACUGAAACAGUCAAAGAUUUGGGAAAAGCUUUGGGAAUAUGGGUUAUUGUUACAAACUGUUCCGAAGGCUUAGACUAUAAAAGUAUCGGUAAAAAUUUUUCUGGAUUAGCACAAAGUGGAUGCUGGGGAUGUUUCGAUGAGUUUAAUCGAAUAAAUAUUGAAGUGCUCUCAGUCGUUGCACAACAAAUAAUGUCUAUAAUGGCAGCACUUUCUGCAAAGGCGUUUGAGCUUAUGUUCGAGGGUCAAAUGAUAAAGUUAAAGCACACAGUUGGUCUAUUCAUUACGAUGAAUCCUGGCUAUGCCGGACGGACUGAACUUCCUGAUAAUUUAAAGUCCAUGUUUAGACCAAUAUCAAUGAUGGUACCUGAUAAUAUUAUUAUUGCGGAAAAUUUACUUUUUUCGGAUGGUUUUACAAAUACAAGAAACUUGGCCCGAAAGGUAUAUACGUUGUAUGAGCUAGCUAAGCAGCAACUUUCAAAGCAAUAUCAUUAUGAUUUUGGUCUUCGCUCUAUGGUGGCAUUGCUUCGCUACGCGGGUCGAAAAAGACGUCAAUUGCCAAAUACUACUGAAGAAGAAAUUGUUUAUUUAGCAAUGAAAGAUAUGAAUGUGGCGAGAUUAACAGCUAAUGAUUUACCCCUUUUUAAUGGUAUUAUGUCUGACAUAUUCCCUGGUGUUAGUUUACCAACUAUAGACUACAGUGAAUUUAAUAUUGCAAUCUAUGAAGAAUUUAGGGAGGCGGGUCUCCAAUCAAUAAAUAUAGCCGUAAAAAAAGUAAUUGAACUUUUUGAAACAAAAAACUCUAGGCACUCAGUUAUGAUCAUAGGGGAUACGGGAACAGCCAAAUCAGUUACAUGGAGAACAUUACAAAACUGCUUUUGUCGAAUGAAUAGUCAACGAUUUUCCGGGUGGGAAGCAGUCACCGUGUACCCAGUAAAUCCAAAAGCAUUGAAUCUAGCAGAGCUUUAUGGGGAAUAUAACUUGUCAACUGGUGAAUGGCUUGACGGAGUAUUAAGUUCUAUUAUGCGAAUAAUCUGUGGAGAUGAAGAACCUACUCAGAAAUGGUUGUUGUUUGAUGGACCUGUGGAUGCAGUAUGGAUUGAAAACAUGAACUCAGUAAUGGAUGAUAACAAACUUCUUACGCUUGUAAAUAGCGAACGUAUAACCAUGCCAGUUCAAGUAUCGCUAUUGUUUGAAGUAGGAGAUCUCGCUGUUGCUUCACCAGCAACUGUUUCGCGGUGUGGUAUGGUUUAUAACGAUUACAAUGAUUGGGGAUGGAAACCUUUUGUAAACUCAUGGUUACAGCGCCUAAGAAUUAAGGAGUUCGCUGAUUUUUUACGAAUACAUUUUGAAUAUAUGGUGCCAAAAAUACUUGAUUUCAAACGAAUGAGAUGCAAAGAGCCUGUAAGGACAAAUGAGUUAAAUGGAGUUGUGUCGCUUUGUAAAUUGCUCGAAAUAUUUGGCACAAAGGUAAAUGGGAUAAAUCCCACUAAUUCAGAGCUACUUGAGGAAAUGACUAGAUUGUGGUUUAUGUUUUGUUUAGUAUGGUCAAUUUGUUCAAGUGUGGAUGAAGAAAGCCGACAAAGACUAGAUAGCUUUAUACGGGAACUAGAAAGCUGCUUUCCAAUAAAAGAUACUGUGUUUGAUUAUUUUGUUGAUCCCAAUGAACGAACCUUUUUACCAUGGGAUAGCAAGUUGUUGAGCAGUUGGAAAUGCGAUUUCGAAUCUCCUUUUUACAAGAUUAUUGUUCCUACUGGUGACACUGUUCGCUAUGAAUAUGUAGUUUCAAAACUUCUUGCUGAAGAAUAUCCUGUGAUGCUUGUUGGAAAUGUUGGAACCGGAAAAACAUCAACAGCUAUAAGUGUAAUGGAGGCUUGUGAUAAAAAUAAAUUUUGCAUUUUAGCAGUAAACAUGUCAGCACAGACUACAGCAGCCGGGUUACAAGAAUCAAUCGAAAAUCGAACUGAGAAACGUACAAAAACGCAAUUUGUACCUAUCGGUGGCAAACGGAUGAUAUGUUUUAUGGACGACUUUAAUAUGCCUGCAAAAGACAUCUAUGGAUCACAGCCACCCUUGGAGCUAAUUCGGCAAUGGAUUGAUUACAAGUAUUGGUUUAAUCGAAAAACUCAACAAAAAAUAUAUGUGCAAAACACAUUAUUAAUGGCUGCAAUGGGACCGCCUGGAGGGGGCAGACAAACAAUUUCCAGCCGAACGCAAAGUCGGUUUGUUUUGUUAAAUUUGACUUUUCCUUCACAAGAUACAAUUAUUCGUAUAUUUGGAACGAUGCUCUGUCAAAAACUAGAGUCAUAUCCAAAUGAAGUUCGUGAGAUGUGGCUACCUAUAACCCUUUGUACCAUCAACUUAUAUGUAUCAAUGAUUAGUAAAAUGUUACCUACUCCAAAUAAAUCUCAUUACUUAUUUAAUCUGAGAGAUAUAUCCAAAGUAUUUCAAGGACUAUUAAGAAGUGAAAAAGAACUUCAAAACAAAAAAAAUUUUUUUUUACGGCUCUGGAUUCAUGAGUGUUUUAGAGUGUUCAGCGACCGAUUGGUUGACGACUCAGAUCAGCUUUGGUUUGUAAAUACUAUUAAUGAUAUAAUUGGUAAACAUUUUGAAGUUACGUUUCACAGCCUUUGUCCUUCAAAGGUUCCACCAUUUUUCGGUGACUUUGCGCACCCUCAAGGGUUUUACGAAGAUCUACAGGUAGAUUUCUUAAGAACAUAUAUGAAAAAUCACCUUGAGGAAUAUAACAACUUUCCAGGAAUGACUAGAAUGAACUUAGUGUUUUUUAAAGAAGCUAUCGAACAUAUUGUUCGAAUCCUGAGAGUUAUUUCACAACCGCGUGGCCACAUUUUAAAUAUGGGGAUAGGUGGAUCAGGCCGACAAGUAUUAACCAAGUUAGCUGCAUUUAUUUUGGAAAUGGGAGUUUUCCAAAUCGAAGUUACCAAAAAAUACAAAACAGGAGACUUUCGAGAAGACCUUAAAAACUUAUACAAAGUUACUGGAAUUAAACAGAGACUAACGAUUUUUAUAUUUAGCAGCGACCAAAUAGCCGAAGUCUCGUUCCUGGAAAUAACAAACAAUAUGCUAAGUACUGGGGAAAUAAACUUAUUUAAAUCAGAUGAAUUCGACGAGUUAAAGCCUGAGCUUGAACGACCGGCAAAAAAAAAUGGGGUUCUUCUAACAACUGAAGCACUGUAUUCCUAUUUUAUUUUAAAUGUGCGCGAUUUUCUUCAUGUAGCACUUUGUUUUAGCCCAAUCGGAGAAAAUUUUAGAAGUUAUAUAAGGCAAUAUCCGGCUUUGUUAAGUUCAACAACACCAAACUGGUUUAGAUUUUGGCCACAAGAAGCCCUUUUGGAAGUAGCUUCGCAUUUCCUAAUCGGAUUUCCAUUAAACGUAGUAGUUUCUGGAAAAGAGGACGAAAAACAUCGAGAAAGUUUGGUUAUUAGCACAGAAACCCACCUUCAACGUGAUAUUGCCUAUGUAUUUUCAGUAAUUCACUCAAGUGUUGCAAAAAUGUCGGAAAAUAUGUAUGUAGAAGUUAAGCGAUAUAACUAUGUAACCUCACCAAAUUAUUUGCAGCUUGUAAGUGGCUUUAAAAAACUCUUACAAAAAAAAAGAUUAGAAGUAUCAACUGCUUCAAAUAGAUUACGCAAUGGGCUUUCAAAAAUUUCUGAAACUCAGGAAAAAGUAUCCUUAAUGUCUGACGAGCUUAAAGCUAGCUCUGAACAAGUUAAAAUACUUGCUAGAGAAUGUGAAGAUUUUAUAUCCAUGAUUGAAAUUCAGAAGAGUGAAGCAACGGAACAAAAGGAAAAAGUGGAUGCCGAAGCCGUGCUUAUUAGAAGGGAAGAAAUAAUUUGCCUCGAAUUAGCAGCUACAGCUCGUGCGGACUUGGAGGUUGUAAUGCCUAUGAUAGAUGCUGCUGUAAAAGCAUUAGAUGCAUUAAAUAAAAAAGACAUUUCAGAAGUUAAGUCGUAUGGACGCCCGCCAAUGAAAAUCGAAAAGGUUAUGGAAGCUGUAUUGAUCUUACUUGGAAAAGAACCAACAUGGGAAAAUGCUAAAAAAGUUUUAAGUGAAUCAACAUUUUUGAACGACCUAAAAAACUUUGAUAGAGAUCAUAUUUCCGAUAAAACUCUUAAACGUAUUGCAAUCUAUACAAAAAAUCCUGAGUUAGAACCCGAUAAAGUGGCUGUUGUGUCGCUUGCGUGCAAAUCAUUGAUGCAAUGGAUAAUGGCCAUAGAAAAUUACGGAAAAGUUUACCGAAUAGUCGCUCCAAAGCAGGAAAAAUUAGAUAGUGCAAUGAAGUCACUUGAGGAAAAGCAAGCUGCUUUAGCUGCGGCAAAAAAAAAACUUGAAGUGCUACAAGCUGUCAUUGAAGAACUUUACCGCCAGCUUGAAGAAAAAACUAACCUGCUUAAUGAAUUGCGUGCCAAGGAAGAACGACUAAGAAAACAACUGGAGCGUGCCAUUAUUUUGGUAGAAUCGCUUUCUGGUGAGAGAGAAAGGUGGAUUGAAACGGUAAAUCAGUUGGACUUAUCCUUUGAAAAACUUCCCGGUGACUGCUUGCUUUCUGUUGCGUUUAUGUCAUACUUAGGGGCUUUUGACACCAAAUACCGAGAAGAAUUAGUUGUAAAAUGGUCUUUAUUAAUUAAAGAUCUUUUAAUACCAGCAACUUUGGAGCUUAAGGUAACGAAUUUUCUAGUCGACGCUGUUUCGAUUCGAGAAUGGAAUAUUCAAGGUCUACCUGCUGAUGAUUUAAGUACUGAAAACGGAGUAAUAGUUACUCAAGGUAGUCGUUGGCCUCUUAUUAUUGACCCUCAAAUGCAAGCUAAUAACUGGAUAAAAAAUAUGGAGGAGCGUAAUCAAUUAAUGAUACUAGAUUUUGGUAUGGCGGAUUACUUACGUCAGCUAGAACGAGCUCUAAAAGAAGGUUUGCCUGUAUUGCUGCAAAACGUGGGGGAAUACUUAGAUCAAGCUAUUAAUCCAAUUCUGCGGCAGAGCUUUACCAUUCAAAGUGGAGAAAGGUUAUUAAAAUUUAAUGACAAAUAUAUUUCAUAUAAUAAUUCGUUCAGAUUUUACAUAACGACAAAAAUAUCGAAUCCACAUUACCCACCGGAAAUAUCAUCAAAAACAACAAUUGUAAAUUUUGCACUGAAGCAAGAUGGGCUUGAAGCCCAACUACUAGGAAUUAUUGUUCGAAAAGAAAAACCCGCCUUAGAAGAACAAAAAGACGAACUGGUAAUGACAAUAGCUCGAAACAAACGGACACUAAUUGAUCUUGAUAAUGAGAUUUUACGGCUACUUAAUGAAAGUCGAGGUUCAUUAUUAGAUGACGACGAGUUAUUCUCAACAUUACAAAAAUCCCGGCAGACAUCAGUGCUUGUUAAGGAGUCUCUUAGCAUUGCCGAGGUAACUGAAGUGGAAAUCGAUGCCGCCCGACAAGAAUACAAACCAGCAUCGGAACGCGCAUCCAUUUUAUUCUUUGUUUUAAUGGAUAUGUCUAAAAUUGAUCCAAUGUAUGUUUUUUCUCUGGCAGCUUAUAUAUUAUUAUUCACACAGUCUAUUGAACGAAGUCCUCGUAAUCAGCUAAUCCACGAACGAAUUCAAAACAUUAAUGAAUACCAUACCUAUUCGGUCUACCGAAAUACCUGUCGUGGGCUUUUCGAGCGACAUAAGCUACUAUUUUCAAUUCAUAUGACAGCAAAGAUUCUUUCAAAUGCUGGAAAGCUUUUGGAAGAAGAGUAUGAUUUUAUUCUGAAAGGAGGUAUAGUAUUAGAUAAGCUGGGACAAGCCCCCAACCCGGCACCAUGGUGGAUAAGUGAGCAAAACUGGGAUAAUAUAACAGAAUUAGAUAAAGUUUCUGGAUUUCAUGGGAUAAUAGAUUCUUUUGAGCAACAUUACAAGGCUUGGAAUGGUUGGUAUGCCACGACCUUUCCAGAACAAGAAGAUCUCGUUGGUGAAUGGAAUGAUAAACUUACAGAUUUUCAAAAAAUAUGUGUUUUACGUUCACUACGACCGGAUAGAAUUUCAUUUUGUUUGACACAAUUUAUCAUCACCAAACUUGGGCCGCGAUAUGUUGAUCCGCCAGUUCUUGAUCUCAAGGCAACUUUCGAUGAAUCGAUUUCACAGACUCCCCUUAUAUUCGUUUUAUCACCAGGUGUGGAUCCAGCCCAAUCACUCAUAUCACUAUCAGAAUCAGUUAAAAUGGCACAGCGAAUGUACUCACUUAGCUUGGGUCAAGGGCAAGCACCUAUUGCAACAAAGCUUAUAAUGGAUGGCAUUAAGGAUGGUAAUUGGGUAUUUUUAGCGAAUUGUCAUUUGUCUCUUAGUUGGAUGCCUACUCUUGACAAGAUGAUAGCUACUAUGCAGUCCAUUAAACUACAUAAAAAAUUUCGACUGUGGCUAAGCUCAAGCCCUCAUCCGGACUUUCCAAUAUCUAUUUUGCAAACCAGUAUUAAGAUGACAACUGAACCUCCUCGUGGAAUCAAAUCAAAUAUGAAACGUCUAUAUAACAACAUAAAUGAGGCUAAUAUGGAAAAUUGUAGUGAACCCAGCAAGUAUAAGAAGUUAUUAUUCGCUUUGUGUUUUUUUCAUACAGUCCUACUCGAACGAAAAAAAUUUUUAGAACUUGGCUGGAAUGUUAUUUACAGCUUUAACGAUUCUGAUUUUGAAGUUUCCGAAAUACUACUAUUAUUGUAUCUUAAUGAAUAUGAAGACACUCCCUGGGGAGCUUUAAAGUAUCUCAUAGCAGGUGUAAAUUACGGAGGACAUAUUACCGACGAUUGGGAUCGACGACUCUUAAUAACUUAUAUAAACCAAUUUUUCUGUGACCAAACAUUGCAGACUAGAAAGUUUAGAUUAUCAACCCUUCCAAAUUAUUUUAUUCCCGAUGACGGCGAUGUGCAAUCAUAUUUAGACCACAUACAAAUGUUUCCCAAUUUUGAUAAGCCUGAUGCUUUUGGACAACAUUCAAAUGCCGAUAUAGCGUCUUUAAUAGGAGAAACUAGAAUGCUUUUUGAGGCUCUCCUUUCUAUGCAAGCUCAGACUAAUAGCACAAGAAGUAAUGAAAACUGUGAGACAAAAGUAUUUGAUCUAGCUAAAGAACUUUUAAUAAAUACACCGGAUGAGAUAAACUAUGAACAGACGGCAAAAAUUAUUGGAAUCAAUCGAACUCCCUUAGAAGUUGUCUUACUUCAAGAAAUUGAGCGCUAUAAUAAACUUCUUGUCGACAUGUCCACUCAAUUACGUGACUUAAGACGUGGAAUACAGGGACUUGUUGUAAUGAGUUCGGACUUAGAGGAUAUUUAUGUAGCUGUCUCUGAAGGAAGGGUGCCAUUACAAUGGUUAAAAGCGUAUAAUUCAUUGAAACCAUUAGCGGCAUGGGCUAGAGACUUAAUACAUCGUGUAGGACAUUUUAAUAGUUGGGCAAAAACACUCCGCUCUCCAAUAUUAUUUUGGCUUGCAGCUUAUACGUUUCCAACCGGAUUUGUUACAGCAGUAUUACAAACAUCAGCUCGAGCCACCAAAACACCAAUUGAUGAACUGUCUUGGGAUUUCUAUGUGUUUGUUGAAGAAGAUACUGCCGCAGCUCGUAUAAUAAGAGAAGGAGGAGGUGUUUACAUUCGAAGCUUGUUUUUGGAGGGUGCCGGAUGGUUGAGGAAAAACCAAUGCCUUCAGGAUCCACUUCCGAUGGAACUAAUUUGUCCAUUACCAGUAAUACACUUUAAACCAGUAGAAAACCUAAAAAAACGAUGUCGUGGUGUUUACCAGUGCCCCGCAUAUUACUAUCCCGUUAGGUCAGGAUCAUUUGUAAUAGCCGUGGACUUAAAGUCUGGUAAUGAAAAGGCUGACUACUGGAUAAAGCGAGGUACUGCACUUUUAUUAAGUUUAGCAAGCUAAU